AUGAAGUGGGAGGCCUGCAAGAUACCAGUUAUUGUGGUGCAUGCACCGUUUUUGGAGCCAGUUGCGUUGCGUCCUUUGUUCUUCGACGCAACGCGUUAUGGCACAUGGCCUUUCCUCUCUGUCAAUUUCGCAUUUUUGACAUUCCUUCCCUCCCUCUUCUCAUCACUGAUUGCAAUGCCUGACAACGACAUACCAAUGGACCCUCCGGCUUCCUCACCUCCACCUGAUUCACCAACUCUUGCCAAUACUCAUGGCAGUGCCUCCAAACGGAAGCGAUCAUCGACGCCGCCUGAGCCUGGCCCAUCAAAGACAAAGAGGUCUCGAAAGAGUGUUGUGCCGGCUCGUUCUAAGAAGGGUAAAAGGCCAAGUGACUGGCAUCUGACAAAAGGGGAGAUACCAGAAAAAUCAGAGGCAACCAAGCUAGCUCUUCAAGUCCAUUGUCAAGCACUCUGGCAGUUACUGAGCCAGAAUUCGGUCCCUCCGAAAGUCACGCUUGUUGAUAGAGCACACUAUAACUCUCGUUUCUCUUCCGAGUCUGCUAUCAAAUCCUCCGUUCAUGCCAGCCUUGAUGCCAAUUCUGUUGACAUUAACCAGGCUCAAUCUAGGGUUCAACAGCUUCUGGACUCUCUGACUGACUUGAAUAGUACCACAGCAAAUCACAUCCAGCGCAUUGAUGAAAGUUUUCUUUGUCUCAUGUUCAGGACCAUCUCAUUCUUUGGGCUUGCACGCUGGGCUCCUGAUGUUCUCAGUCAGGAUCCUAACUCUAUGUAUAACUUGCUGCAUGAGCACAUUGCUCUGGUGACCUUUGAACAGGUCGCAGCUGGCUUUGGCUAUUCACAUCUUGGGAUUGAUCUUAGCCUCAUUCGUAACUCUGUUCUCAUGCGAAAGCUCUAUUGCAACUUCGUUUAUUCUUACAUGCAUGGCAUUGCCAAAUCGGAGAGACAAGUUCGUAUCCUAAAGGCACAGGGAUUUAAUGAGCGGACUGUUGAUCUCGCUGAUGAGGCUGAGGCUCAUUCAGACGAUGAGCUUGCAGAGGGGGAUUCAGGCUCUCAGCUCACCUAUCACAUCAAGGUUAAGGAUGGUUGCUCAAUUAAAGUGAAGUCAUUCUUUUGGAUGCUUGAUUCUCAGCCGCCGAAAUUGCAGUUUGACCCAGGCUACUGGAAUACCACCUUAACUGUGCGCGAGCGUCUUGACUAUAUAGAGCAUGGUGUCCGCAUUGGCCUUCCUCUCGCAGAGCAUUGUCAGACCUGGGAGCAGUGCAGUUUAUGGAAGAACCUACCGAAGGAAGAGUUUAUGAAAACAUAUGGAAAUGCAGUGCUGGCACUGUACAAGAUGCCUACAAAGGAAGAGGUCACACAGCUUUGA